UUUUCUCUUCCCCCCUCCCUCGACCCCCAUUCAUCUCCGUCCUCCCCGUCCUCCUCCCCCUUCGCCAGAUCUCCCUUCCCUCCCCGAACUCCACCGCUCCACGGAGCUGAAGAUCAAGGCUGGUGGAUUUAUCAACAUUUUACCUCCACCCCCACCCCCUUUUCCAGAUGCACCUCCCCGCUCACCCUGACAGCUGCAAAAGAGAGCACAGGUUUUGUAGCGAGCGAGGCAACUUGGACUGACAUGCAAAGGCGAAUCCCCCCCGUACCCGCACACACCGUCGGUGAAUCACCGGGAGAUGCGAUGAGCUCCCUUUAGGAACCGGAAGGAUUUGUACUGGGGAGCCGGCGGAGCACCCCCCUCCCCCGCACCCCCCGCCCGACCCUCCAAAAAAAAAAAAAAAAAAAAAAAGUCAGGAAAGCAGCCAGAAGGGGUUCUCGGCCUUUUUGGAUCUACACAGUGGAAGUUGCAUCUUGUGUAUGGCGUGGUUAAGCUUGCAGCCUGUCACCUCGGCCUUCCUCCAUUUUGGGCUGGUUACUUUUGUGCUGUUUUUGCAUGGUUUGCAGGUGGAUGCUGGCCUGACGGGAGACUCAACCAGUUCAGUACAAAACAGCUCGUGUUCAGGAUCUUUUGACUGCAAGGAAGGUGUUAUCCUGCCAAUAUGGUAUCCAGAAAACCCAUCCCUUGGGGACAAAAUUGCCCGUGUUAUCGUAUACUUUGUAGCACUGAUUUACAUGUUCCUUGGAGUCUCCAUCAUUGCAGAUCGUUUCAUGGCAUCUAUAGAGGUCAUCACAUCGCAAGAGAAAGAAAUCACGAUUAAGAAACCCAAUGGAGAGACCACGACAACCACCAUUCGGAUUUGGAAUGAAACUGUUUCCAACUUGACCCUUAUGGCUCUGGGUUCCUCUGCUCCUGAGAUCCUUCUGUCUCUGAUAGAAGUGUGUGGGCAUGGAUUCAUAGCUGGAGACCUGGGCCCGUCUACAAUUGUUGGCAGCGCUGCUUUCAAUAUGUUUAUCAUCAUUGCCAUCUGUGUCUAUGUGAUCCCUGAUGGGGAAACCAGAAAGAUAAAACACCUGAGGGUUUUCUUUGUCACAGCUGCAUGGAGCAUCUUUGCUUACAUCUGGUUGUACAUGAUCCUUGCUGUCUUCUCUCCAGGUGUGGUUCAGGUCUGGGAAGGUCUGCUCACACUUUUCUUCUUUCCACUUUGCGUCCUUCUGGCUUGGAUAGCAGAUCGACGUCUGCUUUUCUAUAAGUAUAUGCACAAAAAGUACCGUACUGACAAGCACAGGGGCAUUAUCAUAGAAUCAGAAGGUGAUCACCCUAAGGGAAUUGAGAUGGAUGGCAAGAUGAUGAACUCCCACUUUCUGGAUGGAAACUUAGUGACUGUGGAAGGGAAAGAGGUAGAUGAAUCUCGCAAAGAGAUGAUCCGGAUCCUUAAGGACCUGAAGCAAAAGCACCCAGAAAAGGACUUGGACCAGCUGGUAGAAAUGGCUAACUACUAUGCCUUGUCUCAUCAGCAAAAGAGCAGAGCCUUUUAUCGCAUUCAGGCUACCAGAAUGAUGACGGGAGCUGGCAAUAUUCUGAAGAAGCAUGCAGCUGAGCAAGCCAAGAAGAGCACCAGCUUGCAUGAGGUGCGGCCAGAUGAACCUGAGGAAUUCAUCUCCAAAAUUUAUUUUGACCCAUGCUCCUACCAGUGUCUUGAGAACUGUGGUGCUGUUCUCCUGACAGUGGUGCGGAAAGGAGGGGACAUGUCCAAGACCAUCUAUGUGGACUAUAAAACAGAGGAUGGCUCUGCCAAUGCUGGUGCUGACUAUGAGUUCACAGAGGGGACUGUUGUCCUGAAAUCAGGGGAGACACAGAAGGAGUUUUCAGUGGGAAUUAUUGAUGAUGAUAUCUUUGAGGAAGAUGAGCAUUUUUUUGUGCGGCUCAGUAACCUCCGUGUGGUGGAGAGUGAGGAACCUCCAGAGCUCAGUAACUCCCCGUAUCCAAAGGCCAUAUUGGCUUCUCCUUGUGUGGCCACAGUGACUAUACUGGAUGAUGACCAUGCUGGCAUCUUCACAUUUGAGUGUGAUGUUAUACAUGUCAGUGAAAGCAUUGGUGUGAUGGAAGUCAAAGUCCUAAGGACAUCAGGUGCUCGGGGUACAGUCAUAGUGCCAUUUAGGACAGUAGAAGGGACAGCAAAAGGAGGUGGAGAAGACUUUGAAGACACUUACGGGGAGUUGGAGUUCAAGAAUGAUGAAACUGUCAAAACAGUUCACAUCAAGGUAAUUGAUGAUGAGGAGUAUGAAAAAAACAAGAAUUUCUUCAUUGAGCUGAUGAGCCCCCGCAUGGUGGAUAUGAGUUUACAGAAAGCCCUGCUGCUCACCCAAGAAGUGGCUGAGAGGAAGCUGACGGUUGAAGAGGAGGAAGCCAAGAGGAUUGCAGAGAUGGGCAAACCAAUACUUGGCGAGCAUCCCAAACUAGAAGUCAUCAUUGAAGAGUCCUAUGAGUUCAAGAGCACCGUGGACAAGCUGAUUAAGAAGACGAACCUGGCUUUGGUUGUAGGGACACAUUCCUGGAGGGACCAGUUCAUGGAGGCCAUUACCGUCAGCGCAGCGGGUGAUGAGGACGAGGACGAGUCCGGCGAGGAGCGCCUGCCGUCCUGCUUUGACUAUGUGAUGCACUUCCUGACCGUCUUCUGGAAGGUGCUGUUCGCCUGUGUGCCCCCCACUGAGUACUGCAACGGCUGGGCCUGCUUUGUUGUCUCCAUCCUCAUCAUCGGCAUGCUCACAGCUGUCAUCGGUGACCUCGCCUCCCACUUCGGCUGCACCAUUGGCCUCAAGGACUCAGUGACCGCCGUCGUCUUUGUCGCCUUUGGCACUUCUGUACCAGACACGUUCGCCAGCAAAGCUGCAGCCGUCCAGGACGUGUACGCCGACGCCUCCAUCAGCAACGUCACGGGCAGCAACGCCGUCAACGUCUUCCUGGGCAUUGGGCUGGCGUGGUCGGUGGCGGCGAUCUACUGGGCAUCACAGGGGCAGGAGUUCCAGGUGUCGGCAGGCACCCUGGCCUUCUCCGUCACCCUCUUCACCAUCUUCGCCUUCAUCUGCAUCAGUGUCCUCCUCUACCGCCGGCGGCCCCACCUCGGGGGUGAGCUGGGUGGCCCCCGGGGAUGCAAACUGGCCACAACGUUGCUCUUCGUCAGCCUCUGGUUGCUCUACAUCCUCUUUGCCACCCUGGAGGCCUAUUGCUACAUCAAAGGGUUUUAGGCGGUGGAGGGACGGUGCCGCCGGGGGGAGGGACCCCCUCCUCCGUUACCUCACCGGACACCAGUCCUGGAAGCGCGGUUGCACCGGAGGGGACGGCUGUCCGUCGGGGGCCGCUGCUGCCCAGAUGGUUGGACGGCUGGGCACCAAGAAGGGAAAAACCAUCACAGAGGGGGGGAAAAAAAACCCGAACAAACAAAACCCACCCAAAAUGAUACAAAAGAAAAAAAAAAGAGCAACAAUGGCAAGUGUUGAAAUAAAACAAAACACAAUAAACCCAGCCACUGACCCCAUUCAGUGAGAUUAAGAAGUUUCAGUCAUCUCUAAAGGCCACCUCUCCUGUAGGGGCUUGUCUCCUUCUCCUUUUCUCCUGAGCACCCUUCCGCUGUACGGAGAUGUUUUUCUUAUUUUUACUGGUUGGGAAUUGCAGAAGUCUGAUCAGGAAUUUGAAAUUUUUUUUUCCUUUUUUUUUUUUUUUGUUUGCUUGUUGCUUUUUGGUUUGGGGGGGUCACGCUGCCUGCUUAUAUUUUUUUCUUUUUUUAUUACUGAAACAAAAAAAUGUUAAAAAUCUACUCUGAAGCUUCAAGCUGCCGUCAGUGCUGGAAUUGAACAUGUGUAUUUUUUGAAGCCACAAAAGACUGUGACACAGUCAAAGAACUUUUUCACUAUUACCCGUUUCCUCCCUCGCCGCCUUCCAUUUCUUUCUUUUUUAAGAACAUCACAAGACUGAUAUAUUUUUACUACAAACACAGACACACAGACACACAGUGACAAAGGCUGGAGCAUGUAGCAUCUCAAUCACCUGCCUGGGCUAGGAAAAAAAGGAGGGAAAAAACCCAAACCCCAAACCCCAACCUUCUAAUAUAAUACGUGUCAUGUAUAUUUUGACUGUGGCAUUUCUCUUUGUAUAAUUAACUUUGAGCUUGUGGUACUGCAGGGAGAGAAAAUUAUGUUAAUUUACAACCGAUGAAGAAAUAAACGGCUAUCCGGGAAUAGCCAGCCCUUGGGCGAGCAAGGGGUCCAGGGAAAGCGGUACCGGCUCCUUGGGGGUGGUGGGUUUUGCUGCGUGGCCCUCCUGCUCGGAGAUGGAAAUGAAUUGAGGAACCCCUGGAUAGCGUGCCCGUUCGUUCCCAGCGCCGUCCCACCCCGAGCUGUGGCGUGGCCGCCCUUUCACUCGUUUGCUGCCCCAGUUUUCACAGCGCCCGCAUCUUGCUGGUGGUCUCCAGGCCAUUGAAAGGCUUAAAAACUGCCACCCACAUCAGGACUCCUGUAGCAUCUCGAGUACCUUUCAGGAAUACCCAGAUAGACAAAAAGGCAUCCUUUUCAUUUGAAGUGCAUUUCUUUUUAAGGAAAAAAAAAAAACAAACAAAAAAAACUACCACAAGAGUAUGUCAUGAAUUACAUCAAUGGCUGCUAAUUGAAAUGUUGGGUUGGUAAUAAAAAUAAAUAAAAACUAUACCUAUACCUAUCUAAGCAGUGCUAUCUAGAAACAUAUUUCUUAAUGGAGAGUCCUGGAAGAGGAUGUUAAGACCUUAUUCUUUGUAAAGUGUUUUCAAGAUGAAGAUAAUUCAUUCUAUAAAGAAACAGGCGCUGUAAAAGAAAGCGUUUUCUUCAUAAAGUUCCCUAUAAUAAGCCAAACCCUGGGAGGCAGCGAGUAAGAGAGGGUCUGCCAAAAGGUACGUCUCUGCCUGCUGCAGUGCUUUCUGCUGCCCCAGGAGGCGGGGAGGAGGUGGCCGUAGGUUAGGAAAAAAGCAAUGGGAACAAGGUUGUCACGGACAAAAAAAGAGAUGUAACAUUAUAGCAAGUGACUGGAUGAAAGCGAUGAUGGUCCUUAACACACAGAUGAAGUAUUUAUUUUCAUACAAAAUGUUUAUCAGAUACCUAUAUCUCUAUAUAAGUGUGUAUACACGUAAAGCGGAGAAGGCGGCUCCUUCUCAGGGGAGCAGCAGGAGCUUUGCCGGUGGGAGCCCACCGUGGGUGAAAGCCGUGGGGUUUGAAGCCAACAAGCAUCUGACCUCCCGCCUCCUUACCCGUCCUCCGCCAUGCCUUUGGGAAAGGGCCUGAAAAAGACGGGCAAGAAACCCUGAGGCGGGGCUCCCACCGAGGUUGCCGGUCCUUCUGGCCUCCAGCUGUGCCAACAGCCACCGAGAGCAGCUGCUGCCGCCACCGACCGCCGCCACUGCCUGCCAGCCAGGGACACGGAUGACACUGAAAGAAAAAUUACAAAUAUCCCACCAACCCCAAAUGCUGUCUGAGGCGGGGGGGUUUAAAGUGCAGCUCUCAAGGGGAAGGUUUGUUAUCAUUGCUGUUUUUAAUUUGGAGCAUAUAAAGUCUGUUGAGCUCUUAUUUUACCUGUGCCAGCUCACCCACCCCUGGGUAAAGCCCGGCCUGGGGAGCUGCCGUGCUGUUCUUCUGUUGCUUGUGCUGUGUCCACCACGUGCUUUUCAUCUGCUUCCUUCUUCAGCGGGCCUUGGGCGGGGGGGGAACAGGACUGGCUGCCAUCAGUGCCAACUGCAUGGGGACCUGCAUGCCCUCCAUGCACGAGGGCGAUCUGCGUCAG